UGUGCGGGGUUCGCAAGGCGAGCAGGGGCCUUAGAACUGCGCGCCGUCGGGGCUGGGUUGUGGCUGUGAGUCCUGGAGAUUGUGUGUCGUCUGCUGUGUUGGUGGGGCAAGGUAAACCUCUCCUGGGCACCACUGUUUGCUGGUCUGGCAGCCAGGGGUGCGGGUAGGGCCCUCCCAGGGCUGUGGGGACAGAGAGCCAGAUGAAGGGGUGUCCAGUGUUACGGGGCAGAAUUACAAGAUCUGGCCCUAUGGCUUUGGGUGACAAGUCCGCAUUCAAAGCAAGGCACAAUAUGUGCGGGGUUUGUUGAAUUUGUUAGAUGUGGGAUUUUGUGUAUGUUUUAUAGCAUCGUGUGUUUUCUUGAACGUAUGUGUCUUGGCCUGCACAUAUGAACUAUUUAUUAACUGUUGUUUUCUGCAUAGCUGGUAAGGUGGAUGUGUUGUGGAGGGCCCGGGGGUACCAGUACCUGCCCAUCUGGAGGGGACGGUUGUGUACCUUUGAUUCAAAAGGUGUCUCAUUUAGGGUCCCAUUUAAGUGGUCCCGCCAAGGUGUGGUCCAGUGUCCGCGAGAACGGUGUUUGGAGGGGUUUCUAUGUCUGUGUGAUAAGCAAGUGGCGUGGGGAAUUGCAUGUCUAGAACUCAGGUCUGAGGAUCAUGUAGGAAGUGGAAACCCCAGGGUGUGUCUCAGGGUCAGCUGGCGCGGGUGUGAGGGUCUCUGCGUGGAAUGUACAGGUUGUGUUUAUGGGAUUGUGGGCAGCUGAGCGAGAGAAAGGUUAUGUGUUUGCAACGUUCUCCACAGAUUCUUUGGUGACGUUGUUUGCAGGAGCCUGUCUGCUGUUGGGCUGGGAGGCGAGCUGGUCAGAAAACACUUGUGGGGAGGGAGGUGGCGUGACAAGGGCAAUGUGGGCCUCAGACUCCAGAGAUCAGCCACAAGCUGUGUGUGCGUGCCUGCCUUCUGUGUGUUUAAGUGGCGGUGUGGGGCUGCUGUGGGGAUAUGUUCUGAAGAAGGCAGGAGAUAAAUAUGGGGCAGAACAAGGGCAGCAGGAGGAGGCCUGGGUGUUGUCGGGGUGGCCCAGCUAGUCUUUGCGCAGGGUCUGUGUGCUUACCCCUCACUGGCCCUCCCAGCGUGUCAGGGUCACUGGGAGGAGAGGCCGGGCGACUGCAAGGAAACUAAGCUUGGACAGAGUGGCUCCUUGGCCAUGUUUACGUAAAGGUCGGGCGUGACUCUUGUCACUGAAAUGAAAAAAAGAAACACGAAGUUUUCAGUCUCCUCCUCCUGCUUCACCCUCUCUCUGCCCCCCUUGUGGGUAUCACUGCUUUUCCGUCUCUUCUGUGACGCAUACUGGGCUGCUCCUGCGACUGUGGAAGGGUCUGGAAAUGGGAACGGAAUUCGCUCACUAGGCAGAUUCCUCAAAACAGGUUUUCCUCACCUUUGGGGCCUCAGCCAUUCUGUAUGGUGUGUUUGUGUGUGUGUGUAGUGUGUGUGUGUAGGUGUAGGGAUGAGCCGUGUAUGUGCUCCACGUUUGUACAUGGCUGCAUACUAGGCCUGCCUUGGCCGAAAGGGUAGACAUGCACAGGGACUGGGAGGGAACUGUAGCCCUGGGCCUUUCCUUUGGGGGGGUGGGGAGUUGCUGCUGGCUGCUGUGUGAGGCCUGCACAACAGGUGCACACAGGACUGGUGGAAGUGAAGGAGGCCUAGACUAGAACUGAGGAGUUCUGGCCCAACGACUUCCUUACUGGCACUUUCCCUAAGUGAGCCUUAGUUCUUCAUCUGUAAAAUGGAGCUCAAUACCUGCCUUGCCUAUCUCCCGACAGGGUUGUCAGUAAGUAGUUCAUGGGAAAUAUACCUGGAAGGUAGCUACAGUUGGGGUCUGUGCCACCCUCUGUCAGCCUUGGGUCCCUUAUCAGGGCUUGGCUACCAGGUACUGUUCUCAGUGCUUUUACAUUUAGUCUUUGUAGUGACCCUGUGGAAGUGGUUGUUCUGAUUACCUCCCUUUUUCAGAUUGAGACACUGGAGGCCCAGAGAAGUAAUUUUCCGAAAGCCACUUAGCUAGUAAGAGAUAAAGCUGGAUUUGAACCCAGGUAGUCAGGUCCUAGAACCUGUACUCUUACAUUAUAUGCUAUAUUCUGUUGCCCUUUUGAAGCUUUCUGUGGGCCUCUCUACCUAUGCCCAAGCCCUCUUAUCCCCAAAUUCUGCAGAACUCAGCACCUACACCAAUUCAUUUUACAAGAUCUGUGUGCUCAGGCAGUGACUCAGGGUGCCCCAGCAUAGGGUGCUGACCAUAGGGACACAAAAUGUUGAUGAGCUCGGGGAAGGAGAAAUUGUCCUAUGGAUCAAGGUGGGCCAAGAUAGAGGUGGCAUUUGAGUUAGAUCUUAACAUUUUGGAGGACUUUUGAGAAGCAACUGGAGAAAGGUUGCAUUUCUGGCAGGAGAACCAGCAUGGGCCUGUUGAGGUUGGAGGGCACACUGAGUGCUUGAAGGGAGACUAACACAAGGCAAAUUUAUCUCACAAUUUUUUUUUUGAAGAUUUAUUUAUUUAUGCAAGAACUGGGGUAUAGUCAGAGGCGCGUGAGGGUGAGAGAAUUCACCAGAGACAGAGCUGGGAGCAGAACAGGCAGAUGUACCGAAAACACUGCUGAGAGGAGCAGUAAGCGAAACAGGAGAGGUCUGCUGCACCAUGUGGGUAUCUCCCUGGCCGGCCAGGAAUCGAACCCAUGCUGCAAGGCUGCCGACAGCUUCAUAGCGCUGCACUCAACCCACUGUGCCACAGGGGAGGCCCCACAAAGCAAAUUUAGACAGGAAGAUUAAGCUAGACCAGAGGUCUUGAAUGCCUCUCUGAGGAAUCUAAACUUUUUCUGGAGUUACUGGGGACUAGUAAAAGUUUCUGAACUGCAGUUGGGGAAAUUGGCCUAGAGGGAGGCUAGAGGGGAAAAGGUAAGCAUGGAGGCAGGGGAAUAGCUGGGAGGUCAUGAACUUGGACUUUGUGAAUGUAACUAGGCCCUGAGCUAGUUUGGGAGCCAGAGGUGGGUUGAAGGGAAGGCUUCCGAGCCAUUCCCGGUUGAAGGGAAGGCUUCCAAGCCAUUCCCAAGCUGAACUGCAGAUUCUCUGUGGGAUGGAUGUGGGGAACGAGAGAAAGGGUGGAGUCAAACGUGACAGUUAGUAACACACGAGAGCUUGUGUGGUGAUUUCUGUAACGUGCUGACCAGCCAUCGGCCCCUUCAGGGCUGGAUCCUGCAGAGGGAAAGACUCAGCAUCUGAAUUCACACAGGCCUGGGUUUGAAUUUUGACUCUGCUACUCACAAAUUGUGUGACCUUGAGCAGGGUAUAUGCUUCUGUGAGCCUCAGUUUCCUCACCUGUAAAGUUGGGAUAAUAUAAAUACUGUGGGUGGCCAUUUUGAGGAAAUCAUUACGUGAGGCAGUGCAUGUAGAGCUGCUGGAAAUGUAUCAGGCAAAGCACGAGUGUCUCAGAAGUGUUCAGGUUAUACCCAUCAUCUUCAGCUUCUGGCCAGCCCAGACCAACACCAAGGAUGGCUUCUUUCUGAGGCUCCAGGCAGAUUUUGAAGAAGGCAGCUUUAUUCAUUCACCAAAAGAAAACUAAGUUUCCCAUUAUAUACCAGGCACUGUUCUAAGCACUGGAGAUAUUAGCCAACAAUGUGGACGAAAUCAUUCCCACUCUUAGAGCUUACAUUCUAGAGAUAAAAGAACAAUAUGUUUUAAUAAUUGCUGAGGAGAAAAAUAAAGUGGGGAGAGGACAGGAAGUUUGGGAAGGUAAGGGUGGCUAUGCAUGGCCCUGGGGAAAGGUGAAUUUUGAGUCAAGGCUUAAAGGAGGUGGAGCAGCAAAACAUGAAACUGUCUGAGGAAAGAACAUUCCAGACAGAGGGAACAACAAGAGGUGGAGUGUGUCGGAUCCCCACUACAGUCACAUCUCUAAGCUCAGACAGACAGUCAAGAGUAGAGAAAUGGUAAAAACAAAUAAAAAAAUGAAACCCACAGAGCCAUCAAACCUACCAUGAAGUCUGAUUUCUGUCUCAUUUUCACUACCUCCCACCAUUUUCCAAGAAUGAGUUCCAAGCUAAUAAUAAGAGCUAGCCCUUACCAAGCAUUUACUGUGUGUCAGGCUCUAAUCUCGGUACUGCCAGUUAUUCCUUCAUUUUAUCUUUACAAUAACCCUACAAAGUGGGAACUAUUCAUUAUCCCCACCUCACAGACAAGGAAACAUACAGAAAGGUAAAGUAAUUUGCCCAGGGGUCAUACCACCAGUGCGUCCUCUCUACCUCCUAUGUAUAAGCCCUGCUAGGGCAGGGGCUAGUGGGGCAUUUGAACUCAGGAGAACUGGGUCCUGCCCAACCACCAACUUGGUUAGCAAUGAGACCAGGGGCAAAUCACCCUGCCACUGGGUUCUCUUGACAUGAAAGUGAGCACAAGUGGGUAUGUAAAGCAUUCAUUUCCUCGUUUAUACAGUGGGGUUGGUGAUCCCUGCCUCAAUGGAGUGGGAAUAUAUUGCAAAGAAAAUGCUUAGCAUAAUAUUUGGCACCUAAGUAUUUCAUAAAUGGCAGUGGCCAGAGCCAUGGUGAUAGUGAUUCUAGGUGGUCUCUAAGGCCCAAACUAGCUUUGGACCUGUAUUUUUCUAAGAAGCCCUGCCAGUCCUUAUCCAAGUUAUCUCUGCAGUCAGCAUACAGCCCUGCCUCAGUAGGUGUAGGGUAGUGCACAUAAGCAGACCUACUCAAGGAGGGAUGCAUGGGCUGGAAUCAAGCUUUUGCUUUGCUUACCGGUGCAAGGCUGCUAUCUCCUGGAGAAAGGGGCCCUUUCUUUAAUUUUCACAAAGGUACUAGGUGGGCUAGUGUAGGCUCUAGUGGGUGCUGUUGAAAGGAAAACACAACUACUUUGUAAACACUCGAAACACUUCUCACCCUAACCAUUUCGCUAACACCAGCCGGAUGUUCUACCAUUCUGACACCAUCUACUUGGAGAUAGUGUCAGAUGCCACAGAAUGAAAGACUCAGUGCCACAGACCAUCCCCACUACAGAUGCCAGUGCAGGCCCUGUGUACUUCUAACCAAUCAAGUUAUAAAAUUGAGGUUCCCACUACCCCCUCCUCAGAUUCAAUAAUUUGCUAGAAUGGCUCAUAGAAUACCAGAAAACAUUUAUGUUUACUAUUUUAUUAUGUAAUAAAGGAUAUGAUAAAAGAGACGAAUGCACAACCAGAUGAAGUACAUAGAAUGAGGUCUGAAAGUGUCCUGAGAGCAGAACUUCUGUCUCCAUGGAGCUGAGGUGUACCUCUUCCUGGCAUGUGGACAUGUUUACCAACCUGGAGGCUCUUGAAAUCUUGUAGUUUGGAGUUUUUAUGGAGGCUUCACCACGUAGGCAUAGUCAGUUAUUCACUCAAACUCCAGGUCCUCUCCCUUCCUGGGAGGAUGGGGGUGGGGCUGAAAGUUCAAGCUUCUUAUCUUGGCUUGGUCUUUCUGGUCACCAGCUCCCAUCCUGAAGUUGUCCAGGAGCCCAUUAAAACAAAAGCACCCCUAUCACCCCUGGAAUUCCAAGGGACUUAGGAGCUCUGUGUCAGGAACUGGGGUCAAAGACAAAUGUUAGAAUAGAAGAUGCUGCUUACGUCCGUUCGCUUGGAAAAUAUAAGAUUUUUAGGAGCUCUGUGUCGAGAACGUGGAUGAAGAUUAAUGUAUAACUUCAUAUUAAAUGUGCCCUUCAUAUUAAUGCAGUAUAGUCAUCAGGAACAUAGGCUUUGGAGCCGAACAAGAGAGGCCCAAGAGGUCUGCUCUCAGGUCAGAAGGCCUGGCUCUGUAGACAGCUCUGUGUGAUUUUGGCUAAAUCAUUGUAUGGCUUGAACUCAGAUCUUCAACUGAAAAAUACGCCCUGACUAUUCCCAGAGGGGAAGCAGCAAGGAGGUGCUUUCAGUAUAGUGAUACCCACCGCUGCGUUUGGGUUGCCUGCUAUUCCUUUUGGAUGAGCCUCCUAACAAGGUGAGAUAGGGGUUGUGGUCCCCACCCCUCCUCACUAAGUCUGGUGGCCUUUCCAAUGCCCUCCAGAGACUGGAGCAAGGUGGCACGUGGGUAUGCCUCUAUAGUCCUUUGGUGGUCACCUGGCACCUGGGCCAGAACCCCCCUCUAAGAUUUGUGGUGUGGGUGUGUGAGGGCCUCUCCUAAUUUGAAUAUCUAGCAGCACAGUCCUGUAGAAAAGUGCCAGCAAAUUUAUUUUGAUAUGUAAAUGAAACAAUGUAAUGAAAGGCAACAUGCAAAUCUUUGAUUUCCUUUGAGCUUCGAAGAUUGGGCUGAAGGGAUUUGAGGGUGAUUCAACAGGCUUCUCUGGACCUAUGGGAUUCAACUACGCUGCUGUAUUGUUUUGAGAAGGAAGAGGCCAGGCAGAAGGGACUUGCUGAGCCACCCCCACUCCGCUCCAUGUUGGCUGUGCUCUCAGGCUGGCGCCAUGCCCCCCCCUGCAGAGGUGACGGACCCGUCCCAUGCCCCUGCUGUCCUGCGCCAGCUCAAUGAGCAGCGACUCCGUGGCCUCUUCUGUGACGUCACCCUCAUAGCUGGAGACACCAAGUUCCCUGCUCAUCGCAGUGUCCUGGCUGCUUCUAGUCCAUUUUUCAGAGAAGCCCUCCUGGCUUCAGCUCCACUUCCCCUCCCGCCAGUUACUGGGGGGUUAACCUCCAACCCUGCCACUACUACAGCUGCCUCCUCCUCGUCCUCUACGUCCUCAUCCUCCUCUCCCCCUCCAGCCUCGCCCCCCACUUCAUCCCCACCCCGGGUCCUGGAGCUGCCAGGGGUCCCAGCAGCUGCCUUCUCUGAUGUCCUCAAUUUCAUCUACAGUGCCCGGCUUGCACUUCCUGGCGGUGGGGGAGACGGGGCAGCUGUAGCAGAGAUCGGAGCUCUGGGGCGGCGUCUGGGUAUCUCCCGCCUCCAGGGCCUGGGGGAGGGAGGUGAUGCCUGGGUACCUCCUGCCCCAGCCCCCAUGGCCACUUCACAGCCUGAAGAGGACAGCUUUGGGCCUGGGCCGAGGCCAGCUGGGGAAUGGGAGGGUGACAGGGCUGAGGCCCAGGCCCCAGAUUCACAGCCCCCCCUGCCCCGGCGGCCCCUCCCCUGCCCUCGAUGUGGGAAAAGCUUCAUUCAUCCCAAGCGGCUGCAGACCCAUGAGGCUCAGUGCCGACGGGGGGCCAGCACUCGGGGGCCUGCAGGGCUGGGAGCUGGUGGUUCUGGCCCCAGUGGUCCUGCAGGAGUGGAUGCCUCAGCCCUGCCACCACCCGUGGGCUUCCGUGGUGGCCCUGAGCAUGUGGUGAAGGUGGUGGGCGGCCAUGUGCUAUAUGUGUGCGCGGCCUGUGAGCGUUCCUACGUGACCCUGUCCAGCCUGAAGCGGCACAGCAAUGUACACUCAUGGCGGAGGAAGUACCCCUGCCGCUACUGUGAGAAGGUGUUUGCCCUGGCUGAGUACCGCACCAAGCACGAGGUGUGGCACACCGGGGAGCGCAGGUACCAGUGCAUCUUCUGCUGGGAGACCUUUGUCACUUACUAUAACCUGAAGACCCACCAGCGAGCCUUCCAUGGCAUUAGCCCGGGCCUGCUGGCCAGUGAGAAGACACCCAAUGGAGGCUACAAGCCCAAGCUCAAUACCCUCAAGCUGUACCGCCUGCUCCCCAUGAGAGCAGCCAAAAGGCCCUACAAGACCUACAGCCAAGGAGCCCCCGAGGCCCCUCUUUCUCCAAGCCUCACCACGCCGGCCCCUGCAGCAAUGCCGACCAGCCCACCACCAGGACCCCCACCUGCCCCAGAGCCUGGCCCCCCACCCUCUGUCAUCACUUUUGCCCACCCAGCUCCCUCUGUUAUUGUUCAUGGAGGUAGCAGCAGCGGUGGAGCAGGGGGUGGGCCAACCAGCACAGGAGGGGCCCAAGCCGCUUCAGUCAUCACUUACACUGCUCCCCCAAGGCCCCCCAAAAAACGUGAGUACCCCCCUCCUCCCCCCGAGCCUGCAGCCACACCAGCCAGCCCUGCCACAGUGGACAGCCCAGCAACGGCUGCAGGGCCCGCUACAGCCACGGAGGAGGCCAAAGGCCGGAACCCCCGGGCUGGAAGGACUCUGACUUACACGGCCAAGCCUGUUGGUGGUAUUGCGGGGGGCGGGGGUCCCCCCGCAGGGCCUGGCCGGGGCCCCUCUCAGCUGCAGGCUCCACCUCCACUGUGUCAGAUCACUGUGCGAAUUGGCGAGGAGGCCAUUGUCAAGCGCCGCAUCUCAGAAACUGACCUGCGCCCUGGGGAGCUAAGUGGAGAGGAGGUGGAAGAGAGUGAGGAGGAGGAUGAAGAAGAGGAGGAGGAGGAAGACGAGGAGGAGGAAUCAAAGGCUGGUGGGGAGGAUCAGCUCUGGAGGCCCUACUACUCAUACAAGCCCAAGCGCAAGGCUGGAGCUGCCAGCACCGGCAGCAGUGGGGGCAGCGGGAUGCCCAGAAGCCGCCGGCCUCCGCGCUGGAAACAGAAGCUGGAGCGAAGGAGCUGGGAGGAGACCCCAGCUGCUGAUGGCCCGGCAGGUCGUACUCGUGGUGAGAGGAGGCACCGCUGUGGAGACUGUGCCCAGGCAUUCACCACCCUAAGGAAGUUGCGAAAGCACCAGGAGGCCCACAGUGGGGGCUCCCACAGCUCCCGGGCUGGACGUAGGCCUUCUACCCGCUUUGCCUGCCCUCACUGCGCCAAAGUGUGCAAGACGGCAGCUGCCCUGAGCCGCCAUGGGCAGAGGCACACUGCCGAGCGGCCUGGGGGCACCCCCACACCUGUCAUUGCCUACUCUAAAGGCAGCUCCGGCACCAGACCUGGGGAUGUCAAGGAGGAAGCCCCCCAAGAGAUGCAAGUCUCUUCAUCCAGCGGGGAGGCAGGUGGCGGGAGCGCUGCUGCUGAGGAAGCUUCUGAGACAGCCUCACUCCAGGACCCUGUCAUCUCUGGGGGUGAGGAGCCCCCAGUGGUGGCAGGAGGGGGCACCUACGCAUACCCACCUGUACAGGAGUUUCCACUGGCCCUGAUUGGGGGCAGCCGGGAACCUGGCAGUGGCAGGGGGAAACCUGGGAAUGAGGGGCCAGUGGGGGCUGGGGAGGGGGACCGAAUGGAAGGGAUGGGGGCUGCCAAAGUCACGUUCUAUCCCGAGCCCUACCCACUAGUCUAUGGCCCCCAGCUCCUUGCUGCCUAUCCUUACAAUUUCAGCAACUUGGCCGCUCUCCCUGUUGCUCUUAACAUGGUCCUACCUGAUGAGAAGGGUGGGGGGACCCUUCCCUUCCUACCAGGGGUCUUUGGCUACGCAGUCAAUCCUCAAGCAGCACCUCCUAAUCCCCCAACUCCACCCCCACCAACUCUUCCUCCACCAGUACCCCCUAAGGGAGAAGGGGAAAGGGCAGGGGUUGAGAGAACCCAGAAGGGAGAUGUGGGGUGAACUCUGGGCCCAGAUUCCCCCUUUCACCAGAUGCCACCCUCCCUGAACCCCCCCGCCACUACUAGCUCCCUGGCUUCCCUGCCCCUUGGGAGCCCCUCCACACUUUGUGCAGGGACUCGGGGGCCCCUGGAGCUCAGGGGUCAGGCUGCUUUGUGUGAGAUUGUAGUUUUCCCAUCUCCUGGGAAGGGGUCUUUGGUGAUUCCCUCUCAGUUCUCCUCCAGGGAAUGGCCUCUGUGAGGGGCAGGGCCAGCUCCCAUCCCUUCUGUAGCCCUUGGGGCAACUGAGCAAUAUACUUAUAUGAAUCUCUACUCACGGCCCCCACCAGCUCUGAAUGUCUAACCUGCCCCCCUGAUUCGUAAACCUAGGGGGAAACCAUCUCUCUCACCUAAUGACAACCCUCAUUCUGAAGCUUUCUCUAAGCUCUUCCCCAGAUGCUUCCUAGCACAUUCCAUUCUUUGUGGCCCAGGGCCUGGACCAGACCAUUGUGAUACCUGAUACCCAUUUGCCUGGAGGAAUGGCUUUAGAUUCUGUUCUUCUCAAGGGUGGGUUUCUGUGUCCCUGUUUGCUUCAUGUUAAGAUGCUAUGCCUUCCUUGACUUCCAUGCCUUUGGAUCUUCCAUAUUCCUCCUCAUACUCCCAGAUUCUGGAGAUGGCUUCUCCCAAUCCAGGUCAAGGAGGUAUUGGGGGGAGGGCUAUGCGUCUGUUUCAUGGUUGCGCACUUUCCCAGUCUAGGGCAGCACCAAUCUUGGCCCUAUCUUGACUCCCAUAUCCAGUGAGCCCCAGAUUCUUCCACGGCAAAAGAGGUGAGUAGAUCAUACCUCUUCCUGCCUCUACAUAUGGCCUCUUCUGGGCUAAACCAGAUUUGGGGGCCAGGAGGGAGGAGCUCCAUAUGGGAUGGAGAAGGGAAUGUACUUUCUCCCAGAUUUUUUCCUGAUGGUUUCUCCCAGACUAGACCAAAUAGCCAGAAAAAUGAUGGGGGUUGGAUGGGUGGGUAAGCCCAAGAUUUGCACAUGACCUCCCAUCCUUACCUUACUCCCAUCUUCCCCAGUAUUGCUCCCCUUACCAAUCACUCCAGAUGGUUUUUGGAGAACCAUCCUACUCCCUUGGUGGGCUUUGGGGUAUCCCCACCAACUUUCCCUCCAAAAUAGCACCUUACACCCCGUCUUUGACUCAGUUCCCCACACCCAAAGAUCCCAGCCUAGGGAUGGGGUGCAGGGACCUUAAAUAGUCCCUAAUCCCUAAUUUGCACUAGUUAACCCUGGUCAGGGGUCCCUAUGUUUCCUUCCAGUGGGGGAGAUAAGGAAAUGUUUGCUCCUAAUUCUCUUUGAUAACUGGGCCUCCUCACUCUGUGAUUGGAUGAACAUUUCCCAUCCCACCCACCUCCCCCACUCAAAAAACAAACAAAAAGUAGCUCACAAGGGGAGAGCCAGUUUGGGGCAGCAAAUUUAAUAAAUGGGAAUUAGAGGAGUACAGUUUUAAAAGGGGAAAAGUUGCUGUCAUCAAAUGUCAGUCUUUUUCCCAGCUACUGUUUUCUGGGGCCAAGAUGGCUGCCCUCUUCACAGAUGCUGAGAGGGCAAGAUCAUGGCUUUUGGAGGGAGGUGAGUUUGGGGGGCGGGGCAGGAGCAUCCUCCUGCCUCUUAGCCUCCCAGCAUAUAGGAAGGGGGAGGUUUUUGACAGACUCCCUGAAUGUUAACCACGGAGGAGUGUUGCUCCUUCACUCCUCCUCUGUCUCUUUGCACUUUUCUUGGUCUUGGCCACAGUCCGAGUGAAGAGUUUCCUACUGAAUGUACCAAGUUCCAAUUUUUAAGGGGGAAAAGUUUAAAACGGGGGAAAUGCAAAAAAAAAAAUCACAAAAAAAUUCCCACAAAUCUUGUUUCUGGCACUUUAGAAAAACUGCGAAAAAAAUACAUAAUAAAGAAUACAUAUAUAUAUCUACACACAAA